AUGAUUGAAGAUCCUCAAGGGAUCAUGGGUUCUUGGAACGAGUCUAUUGGUCAUUGCAACUGGCCAGGAGUUUCUUGUAGUCGCCGCCACGUGGGAAGAGUUAUCGCCCUUGACUUGGAGGAUCAAAAGCUCGUUGGCACAAUACUUGCUAACAUAGGGAAUCUCACCUUCUUGAUGCGUAUUGACUUAGGAUUGAAUUGGCUCCGAGGCCACAUUACAGAAGAUUUUGGCAAGUUGUUCAGAUUGAAGACUCUCAUCCUCAGCAACAAUGAACUCAAAGGGGAGAUACCAGGGAAUUUGUCGUCUUGCGUGGUGUUACAGUACCUCGAUUUGCAUUACAAUCAGCUUGUUGGGAGGAUACCUGGCGAGCUUCGAUACUUGAUUGAGAGAGAACUCACUCAUUUUUGGUUCUCAAAAAAUGAUCUUACUGGGGGAAUUCCAAUUUGGUUGGGGAAUGGAUCUUCACUUGUAGAGUUACGGUUGGCGGACAAUGACCCGAGAGGUCAAAUACCGGCCGAGCUUGGAAGCAUCCCAAAAUUAGAAGUCCUAGAGUUGGGUUCUAAUAAUUUAACAGGAGGCAUCCCUUCUUCUAUAUACAAUCUUACAUCACUUGUUUACCUUGAUGUAUUUUACAGGAAAUGUGCCUGCCAAUCUCGGAAGGUUGAGGAAUCUUACGCAGGUAAUAUCCCUCCAGAAAUUGAGAACCUGAACGGCUUACAGUUCCUGGCAAUAUAUUACAACGACAUCAGCGGUGAAAUUCCCCAAGGCAUUGGUAAGGUCCAAAAUUUGACCUCUAUUAUAUUAUGGGGUAAUAGGAUUUCAGGGACAAUUCCUUCCUCUCUUGGAAAUGCCACCCAAUUGCUUCAUCUGGAGCUUCAGUAUAACCAAUUAGAAGGUGACAUUCCUCCAAGCCUUGGAUGGUGUCAGCAAUUGCAAUUACUGAGACUAUCAGAUAACAACCUUAACGGUACAAUACCCAAAGAGGUCAUCAACCUUUCUUCUCUAUCCAUCAAUUUUGAUGUUGCCCGAAAUUCCUUAACAGGGCCAUUACCUCUUGAAGUGGGUAACAUGAGCCAAAUUGUGCAUCUCGACCUCUCUGACAACAAAUUGAUUAGAGAAAUACCAAGCACUUUGUCCCAAUGUGUGAUGCUAAUAUUCUUGAGCUUGGAAGGCAAUUUAUUUGAAGGAAGUAUACCAGCUUCUCUAAGGACCCUGAUUGGCCUCGAGUACCUCAAUCUCUCAAGAAACAGAUUGUCCGGUAAAAUUCCUAUAUAUUUCGAGAAGUUCACUGUGCUCAAAGCCUUGAAUCUGUCCUUCAACAGCCUUGAAGGAGAGGUACCGCAAGCGGGGAUCUUCAGAGAUACGAAGCACAUAUCGAUAAUUGGAAACAAAGGACUAUGUGGGGGCAUUCAGGAACUUCGACUUCCCGCAUGCAAAGUUUGCCACACGAAGAAGCGGAGAAAGCUUCCAAAACUAAAAGUAUCAAUCACAGUAACUGUCUCAUUUUUUAUUGUGUUGACAUGCUUCAUUGUUGUUGUAUACUGGAGGAGGAAACCUGCGACGAGACCUAGUGCGGCACUGCCAACAGAUGAGUGCUUCCAAAAGGUUUCCUAUGCGAAGCUUCGUCAAGCGACCAAUGAGUUCUCGCCAUCUAAUUUGAUUGGCCAAGGGAGCCACGGCUCGGUGUAUAGAGGAAUCCUAGAUGGAAAUCAACUAGUGGCAGUGAAAGUGCUCAACCUAAGACAAAAGGGGGCUUUCAAGAGCUUCUUAGCAGAAUGUGAAUCAUUGAGAAACAUCCGCCAUCGAAAUCUUGUCAAUAUCAUCACCGUUUGCUCAAGCAUCGAUUUCACAGGUGCAGAAUUCAAGGCUCUAAUAUACGAUCUGAUGCAAAAUGGCAGUUUAGAACAAUGGUUGCACCCAAGCGAAAAUCAAAGCGACAUGCCAAAGCUUAGUUUCAGCCAGAGGUUAGAUAUUGCCAUUGAUGUGGCUUCUGCCAUUGAAUAUCUUCACCACCAUUGCCAGAUGAGCAUCGUACACGGUGAUCUAAAGCCAAGCAACGUUCUUCUCGAUCAUGACAUGCUAGCUCGUGUGUGUGAUUUUGGGCUAGCACGAUUUCUUUGCAAAAGCACAAACCUAGAUGCUUCUCAUUGUCAAGCAAGUUCCAGUGGUUUAAAAGGAACCGUUGGCUAUAUAGCUCCAGAAUAUGGCCUCAAUGGUGCUUCAUCAUUGCUGGGCGACGUUUACAGCUUUGGGAUACUAUUGCUCGAGAUGUUCACAGGAAUAAGACCUACGGAUGUUAUGUUCAAGGAUGGAUGGACCCUCCACGAAUUCGUCAAGACUACUCUACUCGAAGGCACGUUAAAGAUGCUAGACCCGUCACUGCUAUCUUCGGAGCAUCUUGUAGCAAUCGACGGUAGCCAAAUUGGUGAUGUUGAGAAGGUAAGAUUUGAGGAAGGGGUUGCUGCCAUAAUGAGAAUCGGAGUUCUAUGCUCUGAAGAAAUUCCAGUUGAGCGGAUGGACAUGGCGAAUGCUUUAUCCGAGCUACUUGCGGUCAAAGAGAAGUUUCUCAGGCAUAGCGUGUAA